AUGGCCAGUGGAGGCAAGUUGAUCUAUGCUCCGCUGCCUUUCCAGCUGGAUUGUUUUGCUAGGUACCGGCCUUGGGUACAUUUGUUUCUGCCUGCACAGACCGGAUGUUGUGUAGUUGGCCGCCGAUUCAAACGUCAGCAUUGACUCCCGGACGUCCCUCGCAGUAGACUGCCAUCAACAUAUCGGAUGACAGUAGGUCGGAGAGGGAGGAAACAGUCGCGCAUUCUGUGUCGCGCUUCCCACACCUUAUCGCGUUAAUCGUUCUGGGCAUCCCAAUCACACUCCCCUUUAGUGUAUGUCGAUGACUUACGUUAGAUGAUUGAGGAUGCUGUAGAAGCUGAGCCCCAUUUCCAUUGCCAUUGUCAGUUCUGAAACACCUCGAUUCUUCCGAAGUCUGCGAAUUGAGGCGAGGCGGCUACCUCCCGAUGUCCUUGAUUGUACAGACGGCUCCAUUGUCUCACCGCUACACCUCUAUACGACCGUAUGUUGCACCCGCGUCCUUCAGUUUUUUCAUCUCGCCACGGCGAAUCUUGCUGAGCAGCCGCAGCGAACGGCUGCAGCGAGAACCUAAAAGACGUGAGUACACAGUCAGCAUUCGGUCUGGUGUGUGGCACGCGUAGACGGUGCAGUGCACCCAAUCCCUCCUUCGGUUGCUUUGACUCCAUCGCGAGCGGCAUGUCUAACUUUGCCAACGAGUAGAGCUGGAAAAGUAGGGGUGAGUUGCCAGUGUUAGAGCCACGACGACGUCCAAUACCAGCGUUAGAAUAGCGUCUUAGCAAGUGCCUUCAUCAACUGCUGACUCCGUUACUGGUCAGCGCACUUAGAGUAGGCGCCAAUGAAAGUACGAAGUGCCCAGUUAAUGUACGACAUCGUGAUCGGAGAUUGGUUCUGUAGAAACAUUUCCCGAAGAACGUUGACGUACAGUAGGUGGGCUAACUCAUGAAAUGUCAACCGAAAUUCCGAAAUGCGUUUUCGUUUCGAAAAGAUUAAUUAAGUAAGGUUGUAAAACUAAUCAGCCUGCGGUACAAUUCUAUAAUAAUUCAGUUACCACAGGAUACUGGCUUUCGAACGAACUUCCUUUCGGCUGCAUACAAAAACCAUGCUUUUCAAAAAAUGGCUACUUAAGUAGCAUGCAUUUUCUCACAGAUUUUCGUUGCCCCUAAAAGUCCAAUUAUAUUUCACGGAAAACAUAAAUAAAAAUAUUUAUUCUUCCGCUCAUUCGGUAGAAAAUUACGUCUUAUUUCAACAUUAUACUCGAAGGGAUGGUAUUAUUCGGUUUCCAAAAACUUUUCUAAUUCCCGAAUAAUUUUGAACCCGCUCUGCCGUCACACUUGCAUUCAGGGUUUCCAAACUACAAACGAUGUAUUUUUCGCGUACGGAAAACCACACCUUUCUCUACGGUAUUGAGGGAGACCAUAUGGGGUUCAUAAAAUUUAGCAUUGGAUUUUAUCCAUAUUGUUAGCUUUACAAGCCACAUUGGUAAGUGCAGAGACAUGACUAUUUAUGAACGGCCAUUUUACGGUAUUUAAGAGUUUCAUAAUUAGAAACUUUUUUCAAAACCGAAUUACGUCCCUCCUUCGAGUAUACAAUUGAAAGAAGACGUAAUUUUCCACCGAAUGAACAAAGGAAUGAAUACUUUUGUGCAUGUUUUCCAUGAACUGUAAUUGACUUUUAGGGGCAUCGAAGAUCAAUAAGAAAAAUGCAUGCUACUUAAGUAGUCAUUUUUUGCAUAAUGUGGUUUUUCUAUGCAGCCAAAAGAAAGUUCGUUCGAAAGCCAGAAUCCUGAAGUUACUGAAUUAUCAUAGAAUUAUGCUGCAUGGGGAUUAGUUUUACGACCCUACUUAAUUAAUCUUUUCGAUACGAAAACGCAUUUCGGAAUUUCGGUUGAUAUUUCAUGAGUUAGCCCACCUACUGUAGGAGUGUUGAUGGGAGUUACUACCUUCACGGGAUACAGGGGUGGUUAUUCUUUUGUCAACCCAACUCAGGACGUCUAGAAUCUGAGUUUGGAAUCUUCCUCAUUCAUGGAAAGGCCUUCGGCGGUCUACACUCUGUGACUGCCGUUUUUCCCCGCGGCUCCUGACUGAUGGUGGUAAGCCGUGGAUGGCCAUUCCAGUGACCCUUGUCGUUGCAUAUUGCGCUUUCAUCCACUUGUUCACCGUGUGCUCCGCUUGAUUGGGCAAAGUAAUUUCCACGCAAUCGUUUUCCGGUUGGGUGAGGGGGGAUGGAGACGGGGAUGGAACUGGGACCCUGUUGCACAGAUGCGUCCAUGUGUAAUGGCCGACAGUUUGUGAUAUUUUGUGUGCAUUCUGCCGCAAACUGCUCAUUUUGCCAGCGUGCUCACCCGCCUAAAUACUUUUUUUCCUUUUACUCCAAGGUGGGACUCUCAGUGGGGACAAUUUCCUUCGGAACCGGUAAGUUAUUUUUGCAGUUCCCACCGACCCACCCCUUCCUUCUGCAUGCUCCGUUGACGCUUUUAUCGGGCAAUUUACCAAUCAUUCCCCCAUUCACCUUUCACCCAUCACCUGUUCUCUCCAUUUUCGUCUCUAUUGCGUGCCCCGGAAUGAGAUCUGUAUGCGUGGGUUUUCGCAAGACGUAGGGCAAUACUUCUGUUUUUGAGCCAGCUGAACACUGUUCGAGUGUGUUUCGGACUGUUUGAUUGGUUCCUGCAGCGAGACUGGCCGGUAAUCUGUUCACACAUCAGUUCCAACUAGCGAGAAGCGGACAGAAGGGUAGGAGGCGGAAUGAAGUAUUUUUGACGGACCGGUGUUGUUUCGUCGUGGAGAGUUUGUCGUAAGCUGGUUGUUUACCAAACGGAAAGAGCUCUAGGGACCGGCGAGGGAAUUGAGCUUUUUACACGCACAGCUGUCCUCAUCGGUAUGUAAUGAAAUCUCUUGAUCAACAGCACCCAGUGGGUAAUCUCCGGGAUAUAAGGAGACCCGCACACCCAGGAUGUAACUUUCUUGCAUGACGACCUUGAACUACUCGCCCAUCGGAUUUGCACGUAUCUGGGGCCCUACGGGCUCAGUUAUCGCGGUAGACUUCCCUCACGAAGAAGGAGAAGAAACGAUCGCUCGAACAAGAGCUUUAUUAGCCUGACGUUUCGGAUUCUCACUGGACUCCAUCAUCAGCGAAGGAGUCCGAUAAGGGUGGUAAAUUGCCCAGAGUGUUGCAGUAUUCAUAGGAUGAAGUUGCUGGGUCGCUACAUGCCUAUCACAGUUGGCAACUCCUCAAUGCAUCACGGCUCGACUGGCCAGGUGUUGAAGUAUGCAGUUUCUAUGCGCUUGCGUGUCGGUCGAGAUUAUCGGCUGCCACGCUCAUCGCACGCAGUCGAGUUGAUGGCUGCCGGAUUUCAUCAUCCGUGUGGACUCUUGGGCAAUUUGGCUCACCGACAUUGACACCAGGAACAGUAGUCACCCGCACGCCCUCCUCACGGCUAACUACUAUGCCUUGACAAAAUCUCAGCGCCGAAUAUGGUGAGGGGAGGUUGUUGCGCUUGUUGAUUGAUUGAGGACCGGAAAACCAUGCCUCAAGCAGUUCGCAGCUCACGUAGUUGUCAUCUCUAUCAAGAAUAUCUGCUUCGUCAUACUUGAAUGUGUGGUUGGUUCCCGUUGAAACGUCAAGCUAAUAAAACUCUUGCUCCAGCGUUCGUAUCUCCUUCUUCGCGACCACUUCCCGGAACUUGCCUCUUCGCUUCUAUUAGCAGACUUCCCUCAGCUGAAUGUGCACCCGAGGCGUCAUUUUGAAGGUCGGUUUAUAAGGGCCACCUCGCGGAAGUCUUUCCGGACUGUCUCAACAUUUCCACGUAGUACGCCUGCCAAACUCCCGACCUCUAAAAUUGCAAGUUGUCUGAUGCUACCUGGUGAAAUCUCUUUUAUUGUUGGGCUGGAAAUUACCCUCCUCUACUUCCAACUUACGUACGCGGGCCAUAGCCACGUGGUCGUUCAAAACCCAACUUGACCGUGACCCAUCACACGGUGUUUGCGUUGAAGCGUUUUGGUGAAGAAAUGAUUUCCUGUACGGCCUGAAUUCUAAGGUGCGCAUCCAAAUCUCAGCCAUUGGUUAUUCAAUCUGAUGCUCGACAUGGUUGUGCCCUGUCGUCAGUUACGCAAUUCUUGGAGGGCCCCUACACGGUUAUGACAUUAUCGCGUCUUCGCCUGCGCGUCGUCUGACCGAUUUCGACCACUUUGACGAUAUCGCUCUGUUAGUCUCAGGCUUUGGUUACUUAAAAUUUGUGAUGGAUGGAGUUAGUGAAGUCACAUAAUCCGUCGAAGAGACCGUCGUUUUCGAGCUGCAUCCCUGACCAAGAGAAGGCAUCCCUGGGUGUUACUUGUUUCCAACUCGGAGAAAUAGACAUUUUCAAAUGUCUCGAGGCGAAACUGCUGUCGUAUGGGCAGAGUAAGGUCGACUCGGUGUCCCUAAUCGAUGCUGCUGCUAAGCUUUCCCACAAUCCUUAGAAAGUGUCCGUGGACUCGACGCGACAUCUCCAUCGCCAAAUAGUUCUGCGUACACCGGGCCUGCACCUGGUCAAUCCCUCUGUGCUGCGCGGAAGGUGAGUGAAAACUUGAGGUGCUUGACCACUGCUGUCUGAAAAGCCUUAUUCGAGUGAAGCACACCGACAUUGUUUCGAAUGAGACAGUCCACACUGGCUGCGACGCCACAAGAAUGCCUCAUGUCACUCAAGAAUGGCGACUAGGAUGAUUUGGCCACGUUUUUCUAGUCGCCUGCUUUACGUGGUCCGGCCAGCCUAAAGCCUUGUCUGAUACAGUUCACCAAGACAGUAACCUUCGAUAAUUGGUCUCCAUCGCUAGAGGAUGGGUUGAGCUCUGCAGGUCCACUGCCACAGAUGGUAAAACCUUGAGAGGUACAGUUCGCGACAUCAUCGGGACCGGCUGGGUCAGGCAUGAUCACAGCUAUACUAAGUGCCACUGUACUCAUCGCACCGGCACGCCAGUUUAAGGUUGCACUAGUGUGCCGGGCGACGAAUGAAACCGCGUUUAACGUUAGACGACACUCCCUAGGUUCUAACAUCACCAUCACACGGGGCACUUUGUAAUGGACAGCCAUUUUGUCAGACCACUGUGCCGCCGUGGCCUCCCGUUGGAUGAUGCGUUUCGGGGGCCUCCUGCCCUGUCUGUUGGAAAGACUGCCUCACUAAGUCUCGAUGGCAACUUUAUCCUGAAAGGCCUCGUUUACUUUGAUUCUUACAGCCUUAUGGCUGUCACAGUGGUUCCCCGGGUUUGUAGUGCAUUCUUUUUUUAUAAUUCACCUUUCAUAGACGUUUUGGCAGAUUUUGAAUAAUUCAUAUUGACCCAAGUGUGAAAACCUCGGCGCCUCAGUGGGAUUCGAACCCACGCAGUAAGGGGAAGGCUUUAGUACAGCCAAUGCUCUAACCACUUGAGCUAUGAGGCCCCGCCGGACGACGCGAGUUUUAUCACAUUUGGGACAUGAGCCUGGUAGUCAUCUGGUGGAUUCUAGGUGAGUUACUUAGGAAAUCCUGCCUGGCAGUCAACUUACUGUAUCAGAUUUGGUGGAUUCCAGACGUUGCAGUAGGUUGGGCGGGUAACUUGACCCAAAUGUGAUAACACUCGCGCCGUCCGGCGGGGUCGCGUAGCUCCGGUUGUUAGAGCGUUGGCUGUACCAAAGCCUUCCCUUACUGCGUGGGUUCGAAUCCCCACCGAGGCGCCGAGUUUUUCACAGUCAGGUCAAUAUGAGUUCACCAUUCGUCCAAUUAUUCCAAAUAAUUUGACUCAUGAUAUGCGUUCUACCGGGGGAUCUGUAAAGUUGAGACUACAUCUCCAAGACUAGACAUGGGCGAAACGUUAAAGCGGACAACCUCGGUGGAACAGACAAAAGUCCCUCCAGUGUCAGUAAAUAAAUUUGGACGGUGGGCCUCCCAUCUGGAGAAAUCACGAUCCGUCCCCUCCUUUUCCUCCCCAAAUGAUUAUUGAUAAUCCGGCUGGUAACAACAUAUCUCCGCAGUCAAUGGGCGCAGCUCUCAACUCAAUGCAUACUGUAAAGCCUUGAUGGCAGUUGACACCAUGACUUCGACGAAGUACACUUAACGCAAUGUAUUCUUACAUUUCCCUCCCCCCUCCCCCUCCGUGAACCGAAUCUCAUCUCCAAUAGGGCCACCUUUAUACAUCUAUGAAUUACUUGAGCCUAGUAGUCAUCUGGUGGAUUCUAGGUGAUUUACUUAGGGAAUCCAGCUUGGGCAUUCAACUUACUGUAUCAGAUGUGGUGGAUUCCAGACGUUGCAGUAGGUUGGGCUGGUAACUUGACCCAAAUGUGAUCAAAAUCGCGUCGUCCGGCGGGGCCUCGUAGCUCAAGUGAUUAGAGCGUUGGCUGUACACAAGCCUUGCCCUAGCUGCGUGGGUUCGAAUCCCACCGAGGCGCCGAGUUUUUCACAGUUGGUUCAAUCUCAAUUUAUGCGCUUAAUUUUAACAAAACUGUGAGUUUUUAUUUAGUCAGACACAGCCAUUCGCAGCCGAUGCUAGACAUCGCGAACCACCGCCGUAGCAGUCAGAUCUUUGCGCAGCGUCAUUCUUCCUGCCCCUCAAUUAGCUUUUUUUUUCAGGGUAAAAUUUAAGUAGCCAUCCCACCCCCUCCAAAAGUACACGUUCAGUGUCCCGCCUCUGUGUGUGUGUCUUUUCUGAGUCUGACCGGCCGUUGGGCGAAGCGGAAACUCCCGUGCCCGUCGGUCGGCUAGCGCGCGCGUGCCGCCGUAUGCUGUAAACGCGGCUCUAGACGCCGCGCUGGUCACGCGUUUGUCGUUUUCGACUGUUAAACGUCAGACAAAUCCAGACUGAUACCCCCUCCACGCUAAGUUUUUUGAAGCGCAUGAUUCAUGUCUCAAUAAUAGAUUGCCCCAGCGGAAUUCCUAUGGUCUGAGUCGAGUUCUUCAAAACGGCCGAUUGAUGUAUUUCUUCCACUCACGAGCUGUCCCAAACUUCUCAGGCUUUUCCUGCUUUUUCCUUUAUUUCUGUUAGUCUUGGUUUUCCUGACUUGUUAACCAGUAAGCCCUGAUGUGUAAUCCCCGACAGAGUUGUGUGCGUUUCCCAAGUAACUUGCAAUUGUGUGUCUGUGGUAACCCGACCUUGUCUCCGUCCUUGAUGAAUAAAUAGGAUAUUCAGGUGUGACCAACUACCAGAGCAUACUUCCGCAUAUUAUUCAGAUCCCAAUGACUGAUGACGUUUCCGUGGAUUUGCCCCCUUUGCUGGGCGGAACACUUGCAUCAUUACUUGAAACUUUCUCUCCGGCUAAUGACGAGCAUUCAGAACUUGCGGCAGAAGGCAGGGAUGGCCCUUUCUCAGCCCAUCCGAGCUCACCAAGACCUGAGACUCCAAGCCACGCAGGCUCUGUCGAUUGCCAUCGAGAAUAUUACCCAUCCUGUGGGGAUUCGCGAUCUCUGGGCUGACUGUCUCAAAAGACGGGAGGGUUCGCUAUGCCUAGUUCUUAGGCUCAAGCUGGGGGCCCUCUUGGGCUCUCGUGUAGCAACGAGUCAUCAGUGGUCUGCGUCUGCCCGACAGCCGUUAGCAAUGAUGUCCACGGUGUUGGGCAUACGCGUACAUUUGUUUAUUUAGCUAGUCGGCUGGCACAGCAUCUACCGCACGCUCUCCCCCCUCAUCCAUGGCAGAGUCAAGAAGACCGGAGGGCUCGGUCGGGUUCAGUGGCUGACAGGGUUAGACUAGCCCGUUUACGCGUGCCACACACACGCCUGAUUCGCUCACGAUGGACCAGGAUUUCACGCAACAAGUAGCGCGGCGGUACGGAUCCCACCCUAGAGAGCAGUGUUGACAAACGAAAAAUGAAUGGAAUUGGUAGGUAGCCAGGCUCGUCAUCGGCGCACAAACGAGGGUGGGCCCAUACCUCGGCAAGAAGUGCCAGGGAACUCGGCUCUGUUACCCAAUGCGACUUGCCUGGAUGCUGACUCGAAGUCUGCCUCGCCGGCAGAGUUAUCCGAUGGUACCAGAUGGACAUUUUAGGCUCCUCUGUCUUCGUUCAUGCAUUUCUCGUGUCUGAAUUUUUUUAUGGCGUCGUCAUUCUGCCUUCUUGUUGUUUACGUGGUCUUCCUGAAGUAGAGCAUAGUGUAUACCAUUAACUAAACCUUUCGAAUUCGUUUUAAACCUUCCUGCGGCUGCACCUGCGACGGUCGUCCAAAACAAACGCCAACUUGGAUGUCCACUUUGAGAUCGCGCGCACUAACCCCCACUCCCGAGUCUGUCAUUUGCUCUCAGUCACCGUCCGCCUUCUUCCUCCGACACGAGGGACUAGAGAGUGAUUGUAUUAAUCCUUUGCACCGGAAGUGAACUAGACUCUCACUCUCCCCCGCUCUCUCUCUCCCCUCAAUUAAGCAUACAAACGGAUGGGAUUGAAUAAGUUGGGGUUGAAGGUUUGGCGGCUGAAAAAUUCUUCGCAUUCCAUCUCAUGUUCGCCAUCCUGGAUAUUUGCGACUACAUUUUUGCUGAGAAAUUUCCGACCAAUGCAGUUGGCAUUUUCUAUUGACGGUUGCCGCCGUAUAAAACCGCCCAUGUGAGGCAGGCUACUGUUGAUAUGCCGUGAUUGUCUUCUACCAACCAGCAGGAACAAACCUCCAACCUGUCUGCACUGUCAACGGGAAUUUAGGGCCUCGCCAGACAUCACCGCGAGCGCACUGAUUGCAAGGGCGCUUCAUUCAAUCUACGCGCACAUACACAGCCUGAUGAACAAUGUCGGCUACAGGGGGGAUUUGACUGACUACCUCAGUGGAAUAGGCGAUUUUUGUUGUGGAUUUAUUGCUGCUGACACGCGGUUUGUCCUACGUAAUUGGAACUGUCGUUGGUGUAAUGUAGGCGUUUCUGAAGUUGGUUUGUUGGGUGGGUUUGUUUUCUUGGCUGGAGGAUGCGUUGUGUUGGAAAAUGCCGGAGAUGAUUUCGUAUUUUUUACCGUUUCUGGGUAUUCAUUCUCGGACUUCACGAAUUUCCCUUCAGAUUAAAUGUCAGACGGCCAUAACAGGUCACCAUCUAGUUAUCCGACAUAUAUAUAUUCACUCAGGACUGGGCGCACACUGAUCCAUUGGCUCCCGGAAGCAAACAAUCUUUGUAUGAGUGAUGGGGCUCACGAACAAAUACCCCAUCUGCAGCGACAGAGCAUGACAGGUGGCAAGGCACUGAUAAACUUCGCUUCGAUGAAGUGCUCUUGAUCCACCUGGUAGAUCCCAUGGGUGAACCAGCCGCGACAGAUGUAGCUUUGGAUGGCUAUCUUUUUUAACUUAUUAACCGUCAUCAGCCAGCCUUACCCAACCCCAAGGUCUGAGAACACCUGAGGUUCUUAGGAGAGCGUUCACCGACCAGAUUACGGAACUUGCUCGCCCCGUUCCGCCUUGAAACUCAAUCCAGAAUUGUUGUGGACCAUCGCUAAGCACCUAUUUUUGGGUGUUUCUUUGUUGCUUGACUGGGGCCUUGCAGUAAUUUUCACUGCGGGACAUGUCAUAUCACUACUAUUUUAAGCUCUUCCCCGGAGUCAUGCUGCUCGGGCUGUGACGUCUGCCGCUUUUGUGGCGAACUAUACGUUUAAAACAAAAACCAGUCUGUGGACGGUCUCAGCACGACCUACGUUGUUUCAUUCAUCGUUUCGGCCUUGUUUAACGCAGGUUAUGCUUCCUGUGGGGCUGCGAAUUCCGUCGAUUCUCACAUGUUCACUGCUAGGUCCAGCCGAGCUAACUUGCAGCGCGGUUUUUCCCGACAAGCCUGCCAUCAUGUCAGGCAAUUUGUCUUCCUUAUCGACCAGUUGGUUUCCGCAUGCAUGGAAACUAUUCCGCAAGAAGAAAAGGUGACGCAUAUGCUGCUGGAAAGCCAGAUUUUCAUUUAAAUUCAAUUAACUCGGAAGUUUCUGAGCUCACCGCCUAGUGAAUUGGCCGUCUGGUAAACUCGCUUCUUCAGCGAUUGGUUAUUCCUCCCACUGUUCACACUACAUCUUCCAAUCUGUUGGGGUUGUAAAAUUAAUAAGUCAGUUGUUGUUCCUUUUCGGCUUUUUCUUCAGACUUACUUUCGUAUAUUUUCGGUCUCCAUACUAGCUGUUUAUUUUUACACGAUUAGUAUGCGGUUUUCGAAAAUUUCUCUCCCACGUGUGCGUACAUGGCCAACGUUCUGCAUGCCAUUGUUACUUCCCAGUUUUGCUUCGGUUUUCAUAGCCGCUGCGUCAUAAAAGCGUGAUUUUUGACUUUAAAUCAAAAGCAAGUCUAUUGACCUCAGCAGCAGCAGCAGCAGCAGGUGUCGCGUCGACGACGUCUACCGUGUUGCCCACGAGGUUGACGCAGUACCGACCGUUUAUACGUGAAUAUGUUUAAUGGCGAGCAGGCUUGCCCACCGUCUCCCGCAGUCUCCCCUCCCCCACACAAGACAGUUUCCCGACGGCCGGAGGUGGGUUCGGUCACAGUGACUGAUAAAGUUGGAGUACCCAUCUACACGUUCCGCACACGGUCCUGUCCCCGAGCAUGCAAUGAGUUUUCGCCGAUAGACCGCCCCGAGAUCACCUUCGUGGGAGUGUCAUAGCGGCCAAAUUAAGAAAGAGUCACGGGCAAUAGAAGCGAAGAGACGAGUCCCAUGAAGUAGUCUUGAAGAAGGAGACAUGAUCGCUGGAACAAGAGCUUUAUUAGCCUGACGUUUCGGAUUCCUGCUCGAACCCAUCAUCAGAGACAAAAGCAGAUAUUGGUGGUUCAUGCACAAGGGGUUGCAGUAUUUAGAGAAUGCAGUCGCCAUGAUACCGCCUACCUAUGAAUAUUCACGGCUCCCCUCCCCCCUUCAUCAGGGAUCGUUGCACUUGGUGUGAUGACUGUUUGAUGGCCUACAGGUAAUGACAGGUAUUGAAACCGAAAGACCCGCUGUCACGGCAAGAAACGUCUGGAUUCGUUUGUCGUAUCUGAUGCAGUUGCGUACAAAGCAACUACAUCGGAGAAACCGGCAGACAGCUCCGAACACGCUGCAGCGGUGCGGAGAAAUGAAGCCAGCUCUCAAGCUGCGGCUCAUUCGAUGAGAUCCGGCCACACAUUCAAAUUCGGCGAGGCCGAAAUUCUCGCAAGAGGUGACAACCGCGUAAGCCGCGAACUGCUUGAGUCAUGGUUCACUGGCCCCCAGUCCAUUAACAAGUGCAAUGAUCUUCCCCUUCCAUACGCGGUGCUGAGACUUCGCCUAGGCAGAAUAAUGAGCCACGCGGGGAGCGCAGAGGUGAACACUUUUCCCAACACCAGGGUCGGUGCGUCAAAUGGUCGAGCCAUCAUCACACCAACAUCCAACGCACGUGAUGAGAUUGCAGCAAUUAUCGACACGAAUAUCGGCCGUCAAACAAUUAACACACCUAGUGCGACGAUCCCCGAUGAAGGGGGGAGCCGUGAAUGUUCAUAGGUAUGCACAGUAGCAUGGCGACUGCAUCCUAUAAAUACUGCUCCCCCUUGUGCAUGAACCACCCGUGUCUGCUGUUGUCUCUGAUGAUGAGUUCGAGCAGGAAUCCGAAACGUCAGGCUAACAAGGCUCUUGUCCCAGCGAUCGUGUCCCCUUCUUCAAAGAAUCACUGAGCCUGACUUCCAGUCCUUUACUCAGCCACUCCACGCACACACACGACAGUUUGACCGUCGUAAGCGUGUGCUCCUCAGCAGGGUGCGGGCGGACACGGUGGCUUGCGCGUGACUUAGUUUAAAGUGAUAGUAGGCUUGUGCCGCAGUUACCGAAUCCUCUCCCCUCCCCCCUCCACUUGGACCUAGUGUCAAGGCGGGAGAUGUCGUAGGGGGCUGGCACGGCGAAAACCCACACCUAGGCGUGCCACCAACCCCCCCCCCCCUCCCCGGUCUAUAGCAUACUCUGACCAGGGUUUCACUCCAAGAGGAAAAGGGAGCGGCUCGGACCCCCUUUGGUACAGCGUUAGCCUGCAGCUGGGCGUUUCACGACACCCCCAGCGUUGGCAUUUGUUAUGCGUACGCAUUCCUAAUAACGCCUACCGGGCUCCGAUCCAACCCCCGUGUUGGCCAAGCGCAUCUACCACGUAGCCCGCUGUUGGGGCACAACACACGCGUACAUGCAAACACAGUACUAAUAGAAGCGAACAGACCUGGCGAUCGAGACAAUCGAGCUGCUUUUACAAAGCAAAUACGAUGAAACGGAGAAUCGUCUUGGACGCGCCCAAGUCCUUCAGCUGCCUGUCUCAGGACGUACUUCACGUUCGACGGGACAAUCUACGAACAGGUGAAGGGCACACCAAUGGGUUCGCCGAUUUCGGGGUUCGUCGCCGAGGCGGUCCUGCAACGGUUAGAGUCGCUGGUCUUCCAACACCACAAACCGAAGUUCUGGGCCCGGUAUGUGGAUGAUAACUUCGUCGUUAUCGAUCGGGAUCAACUGCUGACAUUCAAGGAACGUCUGAAUGCGGUCUUCCCGGACAUACAAUUUACGAUGGAGGAGGAAGAGAACAACCAGCUGGCCUUCCUGGAUGUCCUCGUAUGCCGCAAGGAUUGUGGUGGACUAAAGACCAAGUUGUUCAGGAAAGCGACAAAUACGAUGCAAGUACUGAACUUCAACAGCAACCACCCAAUCAGUCACAAACGCAGUUGUGUAAGGACGCUCUAUCGGCGUGUCGAAACGCACUGCAGUGAGCCGGAAGACAAGAUUACUGAACUACAAUACCUCCGACGGGUCUUCAAAGCCAAUGGCUACCCGCGCAACGUUGUCAACCGGUGCAUACGCAAAAUGGACGAAAGGCCUAACCGUACGGACACCAAAGUUUGGCGAGCGCUUCCAUAUGUCAAGAACGUUUCGGAAGCUGUUAGCCGCCUUCUCGCACCACUUGGGGUUGGAGUUGCACACAGGCCGGAUGCAACCAUCAGGCGUCAGUUGAUGAAACCAAAAGACCCACUGCCACGGCAAGAAACGUCUGGAGUCGUUUAUCGGAUCUGGUGCAGUUGCGGACAAAGCAACUACGUCGGAGAAACCGGAAGACAGCUCCGAACGCGAAUGGCCGAACCCGCUGCAGCAGUGCGGAGAAAUGACGCCGCCUAUCAAGUUGCGGCUCAUUCGACGGGUUCCGGCCACACAUUCAAAUUUGACGAGGCCGAAAUUCUCGCAAGAGGUAACAACCGCAUGAGCCGCGAGCUGCUUGAGUCCUGGUUUACUGGCCCCCAGUCUAUCAACAAGUGCAAUGAUCUUCCCAUUCAAUACAGCGUGCUGAGACUUCGUCUAGGCGGAGUAAUUAGUCACGCAGGGAGCGCACUGGUGAACACUCUUCCCAACACCCGGGUCAGCGCGUCAGAUGGUCGAGCAAUCAUCACGCCAACAUCCAACGCACGUGAUGAAAUUGCAGCAAUUAACGACGCGAAUAUCGGCCAUCACGCCACGUGCAACGAGCCCUGAUGAAGGGGAGAGAGCCGUGAAUAUUCAUAGGUAUGCGGUAGCAUGGCUACUGCCUCCUAUAAAUACUGCAGCCGCAUGUGCACGAACCACCCUUAUCUGCCUAUGUCACUGAUGAUGGAUUCGAGCAGGAACCCGAAACGUCUGGCUAAUAAAGCUCUUGUCCCGGCGAUCGUGUCUUCUUCUUCUUCAAAACACAGUACUGCCCAUAAGGAUCCGGGUUUCCCGUCAGUUGGCAGCUUCCCAGACCAUUACUUCGCCCGUCGGGAUAAUUUCAAAGCACGUCCGACUUUUUAUAGCGAGGUAUGCACUGAAGUUUAGCGAGGAUGGAUUCCACAGCGUCGAUCUUACUCACACAUGCGCCUGCAACAUUUCAUUGUCCGAACCGGUUAGUUGUCUGACGCCGGGGGUUGGGCCAAGUCGCUGACAGGAAUAUGUUGGGCCUUCCACGCUUUCCAUACACGACCUCCUUCCCCGUGUAGAACACCAGGUUUUCGCAAAACGGGGGCGGGGGUAGGCGACUCGGAUCUUACGUCCUUGAGGGGCCAUGUUAAGAAGGGGUCGCUGAGCCCAACUGUCAGUUUCGAAUCAGUCACUCCGCAUACACACAGUAUAUGUAAACGUGUAGUAGAUUACCGUCGCGCAAGCCAAGCCCGGUCACUGGACAUAGAAUUUGCUGCUCUGAAAUGUGGGACGAGACUGUGGAGAGGUGGCGAGACUUCAUCAUGUAGUAUGGGGCGCUCACCGAUCGUUCUUACGGAACUCAGUCGUUCCGUUGUCAGAUAUCUUAAUACCCUUGGGGAUCCUUUGCUAGUAGCUGUAGAGAAAUUUAGCGCUAGGACGCAAUAUGCCACCUCAGCAUUUAUUCGAAUGUUUACCUACUAUCGCACUCUCCUUUCCCACCUAUAAAAACCCGUAUUACACGAUGACCGGGUUUUUGUUCCCUGAGUGGGGUCGCCUUCUGCGUACUUGCCUAUUUCAGCAGUUUACACUCGUCUUAUAAAGACAGCUAACUAAUCACUGAAUCUGUCCGCAUUCCCGUCUAAUGAGCUCUUUUACCCGGAAAUUUCACCUCUUAAUUUGGCACAUCGACGCAAAAGGUCUGAAAUUAGCCGCUGAAUAUUUUUUCCAGAAUCGUCUGUUUAUCUGGUGGUAAGUGCCUACGUUUAGUUCCCAAGCAAGCUGUCCUUCUUUCAACCCAUAGCUAUCUCCAUAAAUGUGUGUUUGUGCGUGUGUGGACGUCUUUAUUUUGAAGGAGAAAAAUGUUUCCAGCAGAAAAUGCCGUCACACCAUGUCACAGAACAAGUAACAAUCUCAGAUUUUCUUAUUGUUGGAAUGAACAGUUAGCGUGGGAAUUUGGUUUCCCUAAGGGGCGUGCGAACGUACACCGUUGAUGGCGUAAUUAAGUGGUACCAAUUAACCUAAAUGAAAUCUGGGUUUAAGUUGGCUGCUAGAGUGAGGAGUUUCACGUACAAGCAUGAGAGCGAGUGAAAAAUGAAAGAUGAUCAAUGAAGUUUAGCGGCCCGCUGCUGUGCCCGAGUAAGUUGAGUAGUUUUUAAUUUGUCAGAUAAAGUAGAGUAAGGUGCGAAGUCCGGCAUCAGGAGUCUUAAUUUCCGACAAAGUAGUCUUUUCGAGGCUAAGUCAAAGUUCGCCUGCACGUGGUCGUUUAAACCGAGCUGUUCCACUUCAGGACCAAACUUUUUGAACAGCCCAAUUUCACCAUCUCUCGGGUAAACAUCAUCUACAACAGUACAGUGCGUGACCGAUCUCAUGAAAUGUUGGCCGAAAUUCUGAAAACCUUUUUCGAUUAGGAAGGAUUAAUGAGGUGGAUUAGUAAUGCUGAUUAGUUCGCGGCAUAAUCCUAUAAUAUUUCGAACUCGGCAGGAUCUUGACUUUUGAAUGCACUUAUUUUCGGCCUCCUAUAGAAACUGUACUCGACAAAGCAUGGCUACUUAAGUAGCAUGCAUUUUUUUCGCAUUGAUUUUCGAUGGUCUUAGAAACUCAAUUAUAUUUCAUGAAGAACAUGGACAAAAAAUGCUUUCCUUUACUCAAUCGAUAGAGAAUCACGUCGUCUGUAUAUUUUACACCUGAAGAAGGAGCAUAAUUAGGUUUCAAAAAGUUUUCUGAUUCCCGAAUAAUUUGGGGCCUGAUCGGCCGUUGCAUUAACGCUUAAUGAUUUCAGUCUACAAGGUGCAUGCGUUCCGUGUAUGGAAAACCAUACAUUCCUCUAUGCCUUUUAAAAGAUACCAUAUAAAGUCCAUAAACUUUUUCAAUGGAAGCGGAAAAUGUUGUGCAUUUCAUGAGGAGCAGCGGUAAACGGACAGGUACAAUGCUCUGGGACUUGACAUUGCACGGUCUUAAGAAUCUCACAAUUAGAAACAUCUUUAAAACCUAAUUAUACUCCUUCUUCGAGUAUAAACUAUGAAGACGAUGUGAUUCUCUUUCGAAUGAGUAAAAGAAAGCCACUUUUGUCCAUGUUUUUAUGAAAUAUACUUGAAUUUAUAAGACCAUUGAAAAUCAAUGUGAAAAAUGCGUGCUACUUAAGUAGUCAUGUUUUAUCGAGUACGGUCUCUACGGGAGAUUGGAAAGAAGUGCAUUCAAAGGCCGACAUCCUGCCAAUUCCGAAAUAUUAUAAGAUUAUGCUACAUGAUUAUUAAUAUUACAAUCCAACCUAAGUAAUCCUUCCUAGUCGAAAACGCUUUUCAGAAUUUCGGCCAACACUUUAUGAGAUCGGUCACUCACUGUAGGUGAUUCGUACAUGCAACACCUAUCCAAAUCUCAGCUCCCAGACUCUACUUCAGAUGGGACCCAGCGUGUUCCUUCUCCCAAGGCUUGACGAAAAUGAUCGUCCUGCUUCAUCCAUCGGUUUGCCAGAGUCGAAUUUAAGGUCUUAGCUGGCACUGUGUUGUUUGGAGACACCGUGGUCAGAGACGUUGGGCUUCAAACCAACAGGCCGCGAGAUCGAGCUCGAGGUAUUCCACACAUUGGGGUUGAAUAUAACUGACUGACGAUGGCUAAUAAGCCAGAAAUGGCCAUUCCAGUCUCUCUUGCUUUUGUCGGUAAAAGCAUUCUGCCUAUAUAUCAUGCGCCGCUGUUCGGCUGCUGGUGGGGCUCGAGAGAGAAAGAGAGCCCUAAGGCCCUACGAGACGAGUCAGUUCCGUUAAAACGAUAGGUGAGCGCCCCAUUGUAUAUUCCCGAUCUCAACCGACAGGACAGCGAGCCCGUGGCUCAGUGGUUAGAGGCGUUGGACCUCUAACCAACAGGUCGCGAGAUUGAGGUCCAGGUGUUCCACACUUUGGGGUUGGGUGUGACUGGCCAGAAAUGAUCACUCCAGUCUCCCUUGUCUUUGUCGGUAAUACCAUUCUACCGUAAAUUUUAAUGAAUCAGGCGCUUGACAGCCGUUCUCAUGUUAAACACCUUCGGUAGGACACGGGUUAAGGUAGGGUUGGGGUUAUGACACGGGAAUAGAUACCCUUUCCGCAAUUUAACUCAAGUCCGCCGGUAACACGAGGACUCCCUAUUUCCAUUUAUCAUCCACGUGCGUUGAAGUAGCCAUGGGCAUGAUCCGAUAUGAUAUCCGACGUCAUUUCAACCGUCUAAAGGGACGACGUCCUCGGCGUUUUUUAUGUAGUGUUUGCAUCAUCUGGUACUUACGCGUGCACUAAUAUAUGGUGGAAGGACUUGCGCAGUAUCUACCGCACUCCCUCUCUCUCAUACCCCACCCAAAUAGCUCAUACGGCGAAACGUUGUCAAGACGACGACGGACUGGACGCGGGUCUCGACAAGAGCAACUCCCAUCUCACACCAAUGAACACCCUCUAUGCGGCCCAGCGCAUCUGCAGCCUAGCCCGUAGUGCGCGUUAGCCAGCACGUCGAACGUAAGGAACACUUGACCCUUGGAACUACGUAAGCUGCUCGCAGGUGCUUCAAAAACAUCAUCAGCCAGUGUUUGACGGUUAGUGCGCACCUAAGGCACCGGCCUAGUCUAGGGUGGAUUGUUCACCGUCAUUCGACGCCGUUCUUAGUUCGAAUUCCGUUCAGACGACUAACGAGUCAGCCCUCGUCCAGACUCACUAUUGACUGCCGAAAUUCCGAAAUGCGUUUUCGAUUAGGGAAGACUACUUAGGUGGGGUUGUAAUAUUGACUAUCAUGCUGCAUCAUCCGAUGGUAUUGCGGACUCGCCAGGAUGUUGACUUUGGAAUGCACUUCUUUUUAACUUCCUGUAAAAACCGCACUCUGUAAAAACGACUACUCGAGUAGUAUGCAUUUUUCACACUAAUUUUUGAUAGCCUCAUAUAUUCAGAUAUAUUUUAUAGAAAAUAUGCACGAAGGUAUGCUUUACUUUACUCAUUUAGUAGAAAACUAAGUAGUCUUCGCAUUUGAUAUUCGAAAAAGCACCUUUCCGCUCUAAAAAAAUGUUCAAAUCAUAACAUUUUUCAAGACCGUGCAAUGUACACUCAUGCAGCAUCGUGCCUGUCCGUCUAUUAAAAGCUCCUCAUUAAGUAUACGACAUAGUUUGCCUCCAUUGCAAACGUUUGUGCACUCUACAGUGUAUAUUCUUAAAAGUAUAGAGAAAUGUAUUAUUCGCCCUUACAUGGGAAGCAUAUAUAUUGUAGACUGAAAUCGCUAAACGUGAAUGUAACGGCCGAUCUGGCCUAAAAAUCACUCGGGAAUUGGAAAACGUUUUCACGACCCUGGUAUACCCUUUCUUCGGGCAUAAAAAUGAAGAAAUCUUCGAAAACUCUUCACAAAUUAGCCGAGUCUCUUUAACAGACUAACCGUGAUCUGUUUUAAACCAAACCUUCAGCAUAGUUAGGUGGAAUGGACAAAGGACCCAUGUGUCGCACUGAAGGGAUUUUAAUACAAUCACAAAUGGAUCGCAUUAGACGAAGCAACGGACGAAUCGCGGUUUUCGUGUAUGCUGGAAUUUCCAGAAGGGAACGGCGUUGGCAGUGAGAUUUUUAUCUGCUGCCUUGGCGUAUCGCACUAAGCUAGACAUAACCAGCCGCAUCGCCUAGAUUUUAUGUCGGGCGAUUUUUCCUCAAAGCUUCUUUAACGCGUCCUGUUUUAGCUACUCCGUUGUCUGCACGGCAAUGCGUCAUAUGCUUCUGCAAACCAACUGUAUUCACUCGGCAGGAGAUUGCGGAAAUCGGUGUUUCUACGAGCUUCUUAAGAUUCUUUUUUUACCCAAGUUUCUUUACUUUUCUCUGGCAUCAUUUCUGGUGUAAGCCAAACAUCUGACGAACUAAAUAUCAGAAGUUCCCCAGAGUGGAAGUUAAUCGAAGAAGCCCCCUAUAAUCAAAAACCUGGCAAGAUCCUAUUUCGUAGCCGUACCUGUUAGGGUUAGGGGCCAAGGUUAGAGGAUGGGGUUAGGGAUCAGGGGUUAGGCUGGGGCUUGUCUACUGCAGAUGCGGCUACGAAAUAAGAUCCAACUAAAACCUCCUUGGCCGAUAUGCGCUCAAGGGAAAUCUACGCGACCAGUAGGGGAGCAGCAACCUAACUGAUCGCAUUAGUCGGGACAAACCGUCUGCCUUAUUUUCAUUUUUUCCCCUCUCAGGAAGCCGGUUUCCAGCUAACUGCCACAUUCCCUCCUGAGCAGGCGUGACACGUCCGCCAACGGGGACCAACUCUGCUCCCGUUCUCGCCCGACCUUACACACCGGAAGGUCAGGGUCGUUUUCCGGGGACUGUCGCUAUCUCACUCCCCACCCUACUCCCGCGUCCCCUUUAGCUCUCAGCCCACAAAUUUUUCGCUUCCGUUGGACGCAGUUGUUCCUACCGUCUCGCGACUCCACCACCACCGCCGCCGCUCGGUAGUGUGUCAUGCAGAUGACCGCAGAGUCAUGUUGCGGUUGUUUCACUUGAAUGCUUCCUGCCCGCCAGGACAGCCAACAUGUGCAGGGGUCAGUUCACAAACUAGUCUCGCAGAUGCAGCCGAAAUCAGCAACACACGCUGCUCGCGCAACUCCUUUGCAUUAUCGUCUACCUCCUCCUCCGACGAGCGCGCUUUCAAAGUCGAUAAGCCCAACAUUUGCGCCUAGGGGAAAACCCAGCUUUUCGUGGACUGCAGAAAGUUGACUGCGUGCGGGCGUUUUAGUCGCAAUCUCUCCCGCCUUUCUCGUAACCGGCGGUUGUUGUUGUUGUCACUUGGCAGGAUGCGUGUGGUAAAUUUUGCGGCAAGUCCAGUCAGAGCCCCGUGGGACAUGGCCCUCUGGUUGUCCAAAAGCCCGUUUAAGCCGUUCCUACUCAGAGAACGGCGGUCAUGUGAGGCAGUUUAUUGUGCAGAUGGCCUCGUUUUGUUCUUGGAUUCAAGGCUUCACACCCACCCCCCGGUCGGCCCCUUCGAUCAGGAUAGUAAUGGUUGGUCGGGCUGAUUAAUGCUCCGAUGCUGCACAUUCGCUAGACUUAUUUCGCAGGUAUUUUUUUCGGUAUCGUUCCACUAUCCUCCACUUGUGACGCACCUCAGUGAGCACUGAACUCCGGUCUUCACCCGCGGCCCGGGCCGAAGAAGAACGAGGAGUAGGAGGAGACAGUAUCGGGUAAUAUUAAAUGAGUCUUGUUUUAGUCCACAGUUGAAGUCCACAGUUUUAGUCCACCGUUGACUGAAAUGUUACCACACCCUUUAAUCCAUUAUUACGUGGUUACUAUGUACUUUUAUUCGGUAGAAGUCUGCAUAUGGAUAUAAGCCUCUAAAAGGAUACUUUCGACCGUCUUUAAUAAAUAAGACAAGGGUUUUGGCAGAUUUUGAAUAAUUCAUAUUGACACAAUUGUGUAAAAUUCGGCGCCUCGGUGGGAUUCGAACACACGACAGCAAGGGGAAGGCCUUAUUACAGCCAACGCUCUAGCCACCUAAGCUACGAGGCCCCGUCGGACGAUGUGAGUUUAAUUAAAUUCGGGUCAAGUUACCCGCCCAACCUACUUCAACGUCUGGAAUCCACCAAGUCUGAUACAGCACGUUGACUGCCCAAGCAGGAUUUCCUAAGUAAUCCACCAGAUAACUACCUGGUUCACGUAAUUCAUAGAUGUUUUGGCAGAUUUUGCAUAACCAAUAUUGACGCAAUAUCUGCAAAAACAUCUAUGAAUUACGUGAACCGGGUAGUUAUCUGGUGGAUUACUUAGGAAAUCCUGUUUGGGCAGUCAACGUGCUGUAUCAAAUUUGGUGGUUUCCAGACGUUGCAGAAGGUUGGACGGGUAAACUUGACCCAAAUGUGAUUAAACUCGUGCCUUCCGGCGGGGCCUCGUGGCUCAGAUGGGUAGAGCGUUGGCUGUACACAAGCCUUCCCCUUGCUGUCCUGGGUUCGAAUCCCACCGAGGCGCCGAGUUUUUCACAGUUGGGUCAGCAUGAAAUAAAUACUAAAUAAAUUACAUUAAUAAGUACCCUUGGGAGUUCUUUCAUAGCAAGUAAAAAUAAUUUUUCAAAGGGAUUUUAUAAAAAGUUGACAGAUUCUGUACAGUAUUCACUUCACGCUUAUAGAAUAAGCAGUCAGAUUUUAAAUAACUGUCAGCGAGCGGUGAAAAAAACUCCUUUUGAAAAAGACAUAAUGAAUGCGCUUUGACUAGCUUUUAAAGAGAAAAAACUGAAUAUAUUUACCGUAUUCGUUUCCGAUGCUCCAGGGCUUCAGCCGAUGCCUGGCUAUUAACCUUGAAAAUGACACAUUUGAAAGUAUGCUCAUCUUAUUUGCUUGACUUGACGGUAGAGUACGCCGUAAAGCCACAAAAGAACAUGAUACGGUAUUUACAUAAUAUUGACAUAACGCAGUAUUUAACCAUAGCGACAUAGGGGCACGUUUCAACGCCUAAAGGAUUUACGGCUUAGUAGGAAAUGCCCCAUUUAUAAAUGUGGUGGGGCUCUUUCUCUUGCUGCCCCCUUCCCCUUUGGCUGACACUGUGAACAACGUUCAGCAAUGACGCGGGGGUGUUGUUGGGAGUUUCGCGUUCAAGGUACACAGUGCGGUCUUAGGUUGAUUUCAUAGAGGGGGGUGCUUGUUUUUCAGUCUGAACCACGUGAUAAGUUUGCUUUGGGAUUGGCUGCCUUAAUCCAUACUUUCGUUAACCCAUAGCAUAAAUACUUGCUACUUAAUUGAUUUGCGAACUAUAAGAAGUUUCAAGUGUGUAUCUGUUCGUCUACUGCUAUUCUGUGGCAAUUACAGUCAGUGGCUGAUCUUACGAAAUGUCGACAGAAAUUCCGAAAUGCACUUUCGAUUAGGAAGGAUUGCUUACGUGAGGUUGAAAAACUGACUAUCAUGGAGCAUAAUCCUUAGAUAGUUCAGCCGCGCCAGAAUUCUGGUUUUUGAGUGCGCUUCCCUUCAGCUGUUUGCAAAGUGCGCACUUGGAAAGGACUGACUACUUCAGUAGUAUGCUUUUUGUGAUUGAUUCCCGACGUCCUUAUACAUCCCGAUAUUUUUUUGCAGAAAACAUGUCACUCAUAUUCUUUCUUGCACCCAUUUGGUAGCCAAUCGCAUCUUACUCAAAUUUUAUACUCGAAGAAUUUGUAUCUCCCGGUUUUAAAAAAGUUUCCUAUGUGGUUUUUUUGCAAUCGUGUAAUGUACAUUCUAAUAACAUGGUAUCUUUCCCUUUGGCAACGCACCUUAUGAGGUAUACGAUGUAGUACACACUAAUUCCAGAGUCCCAUGAGUCGUUCGGUGAAUGCAUACUGCUUAUAUCGUCAUUUUUCACCGGACGGUUUUCAUGCGUACGGUAAGAAAGAAACUCAUCAUGCCAUUAUGCCGCACAAUGAUCAAUAUGACGACUUCCUAAUCAAAAACCCGGCAAGAUGUGGUUUGGUAGCCCCACCUGGUGGACACAAUACUGUUGGGGUUGGGGUUUAGGAUUAGGGGUUAGGGUCAGAGUUAGGGGUUGGCGCAUAUAUUUCUCAACCAUUGAAAGUGCAACCGCGCAUUCCCAAUAGCUUUUCUUUGGCAUACAACAGCUCUUCUUCUCCAUACAACUACUAGACCUCAUCGCCUGUGCGUUACCCGGCCCCACCUGUAAAAACCCCUAUUACCACCGGUCCGUAUUAGAGAUGACUGGGGUUUGUUUGCUUCAGGUUGGACUACAUAACCACAUCCGACCACUGACUGCAGCUAGAGUCACUCAACCAAUCAGAGAUGCGGAAUUAUCGGUUAUUCGCACAGUCGGCAGUGCCUCCGGGUAGCUCGGACAGCAGUAACUUUGACCUAAAUUCGAAGAAACAGCGUUUCGUGCAUCUCCAAGUUUUCUAGAUGUGGGAACUGGCAGCUCCAAUGGCCUGCAGCGUCGAAAAGUGCGGGAGAUGACUUUAUCCUGACCUCAGUUUCCCCCAUUGGUCUAUUUCAGCGCGUCCAGAGUACCGACUCGGGCUUCGACUCGGAGCAUGCGUUUGCCUGUCCAAACUGGUGGUCCAGUGCCACCAGCCAGACCGCCUCCGAGCAGUCCGAUCUGCGUGGCUGCGGCGCCGGUGCUGACGAUCCACUCACUUCCCUCGAAUUCGACUCCUCCGUCAAUCGCGCGGGCAGCUGCAGCACUGACGGCAGCGGUCUGCCCUUCCCACCUGCCGCCGUCCCCUCCGCCUCCUCCCCGUCGUUCAACGGCUUCCAGAACCAGGAGGAUCAACAGUUGAUGCAGGAGGUAAAGGCAGUGGUGGCGGCGGCCGCAGCAGCAGCGGCGGCGGCGACAUUCAAGUCACCUCUUGACGUGCCGCCAACCUCAACAGCCCUUCGCUCCGCCUUGUGGGCGUCCUGGCCGCUUUCUCCCACCGGCGAACUUCUUGCCUGUCGACCCACGCCGGCAGCAGUGGACUUCCCCGCUGGUAUUUCCUCGUCUGUCUCCGGCAGUUGCCUCUUUGAUUCCACCCAACGUCAGCAAGGUGGGUUUCUCGAACCUUCUCUCUCCGCUGGUCCUGGCUCCCCCACUCUGUUCAGUGGCAUUCCACAAAUUCUUUAUUUCUCUCAUCCCUUCAUAUUUUGACCGGCGAAAACGCUCUGUCAUUCCCUGCGAGGACCAUUGAUACCUGCGGAGGAGGUAAUGUUAACUACUGAAUGAGGUUCAUUAGAAUAAUGGAGACAUGCACGAUAUCAGUCUCACUCUCACUCUUGCCUUCUCAGCACGCACCCCGAUCCACCGCCAAGACGAGGCCAAGACUAGCAAUAGACUUUCGGCGCAAUGGCUGACUUGAUAUAAAGUCGCUCUCUACGCGUGCCACAACACUGCCUGUCUCUUGUCCCCAUGCCAGAACCAGGUUUAGCAUUCUAAUUAACAGACUUUCCGGAGGUGCACUAGUCACUUUCAUCCGGUAUCUGUAGCACCGAUUAUAGCCUGCCUCAAGAAUGGAAACCAGGGAGGCAAAAGAAGUUGUUGAAUUAAAAAAAAAACCAGAAGCGCCUGAUGUUUCCAAGGGGCUAGACAAAACAGGAAAAAUCAUCCUUUCCAUGGGCAAUCAGUUAGUCAAAGAACUUCCAUCAUUAUACUGUUAUUCGCGAGCUGCUGGCCUCUUGCUACUUGCGUCUCUGAACAUUUUUCAUCUAGGGUUGUGUCGUACAGAUGCCCCCCCCUCACGAGGACUUCAUAUCAUGGCAAACUUGUUGCUUCUAGUCAGGAUAUUACCACUCUCGGCAAGUCAAGCCAGUUUACUAAUAGCUCUCAGCAGCCAAAAAAGCUGUUUACACCGUGAAUCUCCAGACUGCGACUGCGUGACCAUGCCCGACUGCCUGCUCUUUCAACUGAACCUGUCAACGUUAGACCGGCCAAAAAGGACAGUUGACUGUCAAGAUCGGGGAAAACAGAUAAUACCAUAUACGCACGCGUCAGCUAGCCACUGCCUGCACAGACACCUGGUUCAAAAAGAGCACCCACUUCCACGCUAUGCACGUUGCAUUCUAACUGGUGAGUCGAGAGCAGCGUCAUUUAUCUGCAUCUUUUAUAAUCGAGCGCGCGUUUAUUUAUCCAGUCGGCGUGCGUCGAUCCACGUUUCGGAUUUCCUACACUGCAGACUGCAUCUGCUACAACUCUCGGCUUGGCGAGUCAGUGUGAUGGAAGGAAUCCUGUUGCUUGAGUGGUUGGUGGCGACUGUUAGCUGAGAAGGGCUGGAGGCCGUUAUGCCUCCCAGCAGUGUCUUCACUGCACUGGCCGUUUGAUCAGAACGAACCGGAACCUAAAUGUGUGGCCGGAGUAGGGGGAUGUAUCUUCAGUGUUGGUGGGAUUUUAAGUCUUCUUUGGUAGGGGAGCGGGGAAGUAGUGGUAUUGACACUGCAAUGAAGAUUUAGGUGUUUAACAAGCCCAUAGUCGUUUAUCUGCAUGUUUUAUAAUCGAGCGGGCUUUUAUUCAUCCAAUCGGCGUGCGUCGACCCACGCUUUGGAUUUCCUACACUGCAGACUGCAUCCGCUACAACACUCGAGUCAGUGUGGUGUGUACUCGUUGGUGGAAGGAAUUCUAUUGCUUGAGUAGUUGGUGGUGACUAUUAGCAGAGGGAGGGCUGGAGGCCGUUAUGCCUCCCAGCAGUGUCUUCGCCGCAGUGGCCUUUUGAUCAGAGCUAACCGGAGCCGAAAUGUGUGGCCACAGUGUGCAGCGGAGUAGGGGGACGUUUCUUCAGUGUUGAUGGGAUUUCUAGUCUUCUUUGGUGGGGAAGUGGUCGUAUUAACACUGUAAUGGAGACCUAAGUGUUCAACCAGCCCAAUUCGAACCCUGAACGUGAGUUGACAGUGAAGUGACGUUGGUCCCAGUUACUCCAGUCUUGCUGUCCCCUGGCCGCCUCCAUUCGAUCAGCAUUGCAAAUGACUGUUCCGCUCUUUGCGGCAGAUCGACAUGCCCUGCGAUCUUGUGCAUAUUUCCCGGAACUCAAUUGAUUUGGAGACUCUUUAAUGUAGUCUUCAAUGCCCCUUUGUACCCUUGCGUUUUGUCCAACUUGCCUUCUGAGCGGGGAGGGGGGCGUCGCGCUGUCAUCCUAGAGGAAUCGUCCUGCGAGACAUUUGUCAUCGUUCUCACAAUUCCACAGCUCCAUUGAAGUUGCAUCUUCACUGACCUUCCAUGCAGGCAUACCAGUUCUUUCAAGGACCUAGGUAUCUAGGAUCCUUUUCUGAACCCCUUUGAAGAUAACCUAUUCGUCUGGCACUUAUGCGCUGUCCAGGUCUCUGUCCCAUGGACGAGGAUGUCAGGGUGAUUCCAGACUUAGUGCUGUAGCCCGUCGAAGGCCUAGCUAAUUUCAUUCAUUCGGGUGUCAGUUGUCUCUUCUGUGGGGAAUCCACCAAGACGGUGCUUUCCACGCAUUCAGAUUGGUCUACAGCAGAACUGCCCUGCUUCGAUGAUUUCGUCAGUUGGCAUACAUUGGUGCAUAGCAACUGCCUUCCGCCUUUUUAUGGAUAAUCUGCUGUUUGGCAUUCAGAACAAAGCGUUCCAAAUUUCACAGGGUUCAGUGCACACUGAUGUGUUGCACGGAUGGAGCUGCAUUACUUCCGUUUAUUUUUUCGAUCGCAUGUACAACGCCCAGCAUGCACGGUCAGUUGUUUGAACUCUGUAAACAACUGACUUAACAAGGUAUGCAGUGCUUCUCUGAGUAGGCUUGCCAAGUCAACUGCUGCAUCCACAGCGCAAUUCACAAUCCGCGAGGAAACUCUUGUGAUGGUGUCUGUUGCCUUACUGACUUAAUCCUAUUGGUGACAACUGGCUAUACAGUGUUCCUUAGGCGAAAAAUAAGCAAACGUUUUCUUCGGCCGGCAAAAUUACGCAGGUCAAUCACCGGUGUAGAUAACUUCAUGAGUACAGUUUGGGCAUACAGUAGGUGGACUAACUGAUUAAAUGUCAACCGAAAUUUCGAAACGCGUUCUCGUUUCGAAAAGAGUAAUUAAGUAGGGUCGUAAAACUAAUCAUCAUGCAGCGUAAUUCUAUAAUAAUUGCCUUGCCCCAGGAUGCCACCUUUCGAAGGAACCUCUUUUCGGUUGCAUAAAAAAAACAUACUCUGCAAAUAUGACUAAUUAAGUAGCAUGCAUUUUUCCCUUUGAUUUUCGAUGUCCUUAGAGAUUCAGUUAUAUUUCGUAGAAAACAUGCAUAAAAAUAUUCAUUCUCUUGCUCAUUAGGUAGAAAAUGACGUCUUUUUCCAAUUUUAUACUCGAAGGAAGGGCAUAAUUCGACUUUAAAAACUUUUUCAAUUCCCGAGUAAUUCUGAACCUAACCUGCCGUUACACUUGCAUUCAGGGUCCCCAAACUACCAGCCGUAUAUUUUCCGCGUACGCAAAACCAUGAAUUUCUCUAUGGCAUUAAGAGGAGACUAUAUGAACUUCAUAAAAUUUGGCAGUGGAUUUAAGCCGUCUUGUUAACUUUGCAAGCUCUGUUGGUAAAUGCAGAGACAUGACGUUUUAUGAACGGCCAUUUCACGGUAUUAAGAAAUCUCACAAUUAGAAACUUUUUUAAAACCGAAUUAUGCCCUUCCUUCGAGUAUAGAAUUGGAAGAAGACGUAAUUUUCUACCGAAUGAGCCAAAGAAUGAAUAUUUUUAUGCAUGCUUUCCAUGAACUAUAAUUUAAUUUUUAAGGAUAUAGAAAAUCAAUAAGAAAAAUGCAUGCCACCUAAGAGGAGACCAUAUGGGGUUCAUAAAAUUUAGCAGUGGAUUUGAGCCAUAUUGUUAUCUUCACAAGCCACAUUGGUAAAUGCAGAGCCAUGGCGUUUUAUGAACGGCCACUUCACGGUAUCAAAAAAACUUGUUUAAAACCGAAUUAUACCCUCCCAUCGAGUAUGAAAUUGGAAGGAAACGUAAUUUUCUAUCGAACGAGAAAAAGAAUGAAUAUUUUUAUGCAUGUUUUCUAUGAAAUAGAAUCGGAUUAUUAAGGACAUCGAAAGUUAAGGAGAAAAACACAUGCUAUCUAAGUAGCCAUUUUUUGUAGAGUAUAGUUUUUGCAUGCAGCCGAAAAUAGGUUUCUUCGAAAGCUGGCAUCCUGGGUAAGGGAAUUAUCAGGGGUGCAGGUCUAGCGGAAGAAUAGUUGGGUUCUUAGCAGCGACAGGGGAGGAAGCAAUGUCAGAGCUUCAACCCCCCGUGAUCUCCCAUCUCCUUGAGUCAACAGGCACCCAACCACCGUCCGCGGCGUAGGUAGAGGGGAAGGUUUGAGAUGGGCAGGUCUAGUCCUCACUGAAUCUUCAUCGCCUGUACUCAUCGCCUUGCCUUCCAUUGCUUUUUUUGGCCUGGUUGUGAUUUGUUGGAUUUUUUGUCUGAUGACGCAGGCAGAGCACAUCUAGCGUUUUUCUACCUUCGUCCGGUUUCCGCUUAAUUUCCCUCCUCUCUCUCUCUGCCGACUGUGAGCUAACUGUCAGGUGGCAGGCGCAAAUGUACGCGUGCACGCUUUCCCUUCAAAAGGAAGACAAGCUCGGUUUCCAUGCAAUGUGCCGGCUUUGCCUUUUUAUAUUGACUACCAAAAUAUCACUUUGCGCCUUACUUACCUAUCGCAAAAUGGACUUCGGCUUUAGGUGAAGGCAGUUGGCCUACGAGUAGUUGGCUACCAUGCCAUGGUCUGAGAUCUGACUGGGAAAAAAACCAUCGUCUACCGUCAGUACCGAAUUCUAAGGAGGGUGAGAACUGUACUGCCCCAGCGAAUCGAACAUCGCAGAAUGUUGUUAUCUUCACAAGCCACAUUGGUAAAUGCAGAGACAUGGCGUUUUCUGAACGGCCACUUCACGGAUUCAUAAAAACUUUUUAAAACCUAAUUAUACCCUCCCAUCGAGUAUGAAAUUGGAAGAAGACGUAAUUUUCUACCGAAUCAGUAAAAGGAUGAGUAUCUUUAUGCAUGUUUGCCGUGAAAUCAAAUUGAAUUUUUAAGGGCAACGAAAUGGCCCCUGCAUAAACGACGAACUCACUGGAGUGUGUGAUUUCCCUCCUUUAGCACAUCGGUGCUGGGAAAAUACUGGAUCCUUCACGCCGUCACCCAGGGGCGCAGGUCUAGCGGAAGAAUAGUUGGGCUCUUAGCAGCGAUAGGGAAGGAAGUCAUGUCGGACCUUCAACCCUCCGUGAUCUCCCAUUUCCUUUAGUCAACAGUUGAUUAAUUCAGACACCCAACCACCGUCAGCGGAGUAGAUAGAGGGGAAGGUUUGAGAUGGGCAGGUCUAGUCCUCACGGAAUCUUCAUCGCCUUGCCUUCCGUUGCUUAUGUUGGCCUGGUUGCCAUUUGGUGGAUUUUUGUCUGAUGACGCAGGCAGAGCACAUCUAGAGUUUUUCUACCUUCGUCCGGUUUCCGCUUAACUUCCCUCCUCUCUCUCGCUCUCUGCCGACUGUGAGCUAACUGUCAGGAGGCAGGCGCAAAUGUACGCGUGCGUGCUUUCUCUCCAAAAGGAAGACAAGCUCGGUUUCCAUGCAAUGUGCCGGCUUUGCCCUUUUAAAUUGACUACCUCCCGGCAAAAUAUCACUUUGAGCCUUACUUGCCUAUCGCAAAAUGGACUUCGGCUUUAAGUGGAGGUAGUUGGCGACCAUGCCGUGGUUGGAGAUCUGACUGGGAAAAAAAACCAUCGUCUGCCUUCAGUGCCGAAUUCUAAGGAGGGUGAGAACUGUACUGCCCCAGCGAAUCGAAAAUCGCAGAAUGUCGUGUCGAUGUCAGAGUUGCAGUCGUGGAUGCGAUCUGACCGGUUGUAGUCUGUCUUUGGUAAGCACGAUUGUUUUACCCGAGAAGGAUGGGUGAAACGGGAAUAUUGAAGCUGUGUGUUAUAAGAAUAGACAAUUUUAACCAUGCAGUCUUGCGGUCGACGCAAGCAUCGAGUGUAGCUUUUCACUUUUUUGAUUGCGCAAAUGACCGCAAUGCCAGUGCAUGUAGUUGUUGACCGCCAUUGAAGGGGACCUUGGCCGUCGUGCGUGUAAGUCCAGACUCAAACAGGACGACGUUUUAUGUGUGAUAGCCCCACCCCCCCCCUGGGCCUACUUAUUCCUCGACUGCCGAGAUUCGCCUGUACACACAAGCCCACGUUUCGCCCAACACGGCUUUAGGGCAAUGUUGGAGCAUCCCCCCUUCCUUGCUGCCGGAUUUUGUGGUAUUUCGUAUGACAGUUGGCAUAUCAGACUUCGGCCUCCCCCGUCCCGGUCCGCGAUUGCUUAUUCGCCGGACACGAGGGCCUGCUUUCUGUUUCGCUAUCCACCACCCGUCAGGUAGAGAUCAGCCUGAUUACCAGCUAGCCCGUCUAUGUGUACGUCUGUAGACUAUAAAACGUUCUGAUAGGUUUGAGAACGGUGUUUAAUGCAAAAAUCGGCCAGAAAUUUGAAUAAGCGGCCUAAUGAGUUGGCCUUGAGCUGAUCAUACUUUUUCUUCUUUCGUUGCCUUGGCUCUCCGACCGUCGUUUUUGAAUGUUGGUGGCCUCCUGUGUUGUGUGUCGUCACCUCAAUUGGGAUUAGUUGCGGUUGUGCCCUCCCCUCUUUUUGUGUGAAUUAGUCGACGGGCCGUGUUGGCUCGGUAUUCUUAAGCUCCGUGUGGCCGUUUUGUCUUGGUCAUGGCGUAUGUGAUAACGUGGGACUUUAAAGGCCGGAGGAAGGUCUAGAUGCCUGUUGCUAGAGUGGGCACCUGAGUACCAAGCCUCAAGUGUGAGACGUUCUGUCUAGACUGGACCCAAACUCAGAGCCUGCGACUCGCAUCGGAAAAACUGGCUACGGUCUUGACUUUCAAGGAACAACUGUCUUAGGCCGGGGCACCUCAAGGGCAGAAGGUCUCAACGAGCAAACACGGCCCGUUGACUAAUUCACCCAAAAGGGGGACGCAGACGCAAAUAACCCCGAUUGAGGUGACUAAACACAACACAGGAGGCCACCAACAUUCACAGACGAAGGUCAGAUCGCCAAGGCAGCGAAAGAAGAAAAAAAUCUAUCAGCCCAAAGCCAAGUAAUAUAGGCCAUUAACUCAAAAUCCUGGUCGAUUUUUGCACAAAACGCUUUGAUAAAGGCGAGCCGGCCAAGCUCUUCGAAACGUCAGCAAUACAAUUCCCUUGUUCCGGUGAGCACUUCACUUUUCUCAGAUUAUCGACCUGGAUCUCUAGCGUGUUCUGGCUUCUGUUCUGAUGGUUUGCCAUGCGAACGCAGUAUAGUCUGUUGCCCAUUGCCCCACUGCGUGCAAGUGUUUGAGUAGUCCUGCUUAUCAAUGCUGGAGCCAGUCUGAUUUCCUCCCCUACGACCUAUUUUCCUCUUCGUAGUUGACCACACACCUGGGCUCUCCUCGCCUGGCAGCAAGGCCGUCACAACGGGAGUGCCGUCGCCGCUGGCGCGAUAUGAGACGGCAGCAGUCGAUUUGCUGCAGCAGAAACGGCAGCAGGCAUCACCAUCCUCGCAAGCAGUCCUUCAGCUGGCCGGCCGACGCAAGGCCGCAUCACUGUCCUCUGCUUCGGCAGGCCCUGGAGUCCUCUAUCCAACUCUCUCCGCCUGCAGUCCUCGCUCACCCUCGCUUGCGGUCGGCCAGCUGGGUUCUCCGCCCUCCCAACCCCGGCAGCAACAACAGCACCAGCAGCAGCACUACGAGAUGCAACACACGCGGCAUAGCACAAGGGCCCUGGGUCCCGGCUCGCAGAAGUUGGGCAGCAAAGGCCGGGUCAGCCGCCUCAUCUUUUUAAUCCUUUUGAUUCAGAUGCUGCAUCAUUACUAUGCCGUUGUCUGUGACGGCUUUAGAUUGAGCUGUAAGGCGCAAGAGGGCAAACAUGUCCCGUUACCGGAUCGGUGAACGCCCAUCCAUCAUAGUAAUAUAACUUAUUUCGUCCUCAAUGAGUUUCGCGCCUCUCGAUCUCCCAAAGAGCCUUCUUCUUCAUUUUAUAUAUAUAUAUAUAUAUAUAUAUAUAUAUAUGAGAUGGAGCCGACAAAGACAAGGGAGACCGGAAUGGCCAUUUCUGGCUUAUUAGCCGUCAUCAGCCAGUCAUACCCAACCCCAAGUGUGGAUCACUUGAGAUUCGAACCCGGGAUCUUUGGUCAUGGAGUUUGACGCUCUACCAUUGAGCCACGGGCCCGUUGUCCUGUCGGUUGUGAUCGGGAAUACCAAUUAUGACAGAUGGGCGCUCACCGAUCAGGUUACAGAACAUGCUCGUUCUGUUGUGCCUUGGGACUCAUACUUAAACCCUCGCAGGCAGUCGCACAGCGACUAGUGAUAUAUGUUGAUAAGGUUUAAGUAUGAGUCCCAAGGCACAACAGAACGAGCAUGUUCUGUAACCUGAUCGGUGAGCGCCCAUCUGUCAUAAUUGAUAUUCCCGAUCACAACCGACAGGACAACGGGUCCGUGGCUUAGUGGUAGAGCGUCAAACUCCAUGACCAAAGAUCCCGGGUUCGAAUCUCAAGUGAUCCACACUUGGGGUUGGGUAUGACUGGCUGAUGACGGCUAAUAAGCCAGAAAUGGCCAUUCCGGUCUCCCUUUUCUUUGUCGGUAUCACCUUAUCAUAUAUAUGUACCUGAAUUCUGUUUUGUGCUUGCUGUCCACUGACCUUUGCCCUGCGCACAUUUACCCAUUUCAUGUUGCGUCCCUUUUAUAGCAGGAUCAGGCGUCACGACUCAACCAAUUCCCUGUGAAGCCACUGUCUGCGAGCUUGGGCUCCAACUGUCUCAACUCCGAUGGCCCCACACUUGUCGAUGAUGGUGGUGGUAGUGGUAGUUUUCUCACAUCCACCAAGAGCAGUGGACACCCGCGUAGAACCGCAAAAGCCAUCGUCACGUCAGAAGGCGGCGCAGCGGUUGAUGGUGCCAAGCCUGUAAUUGCCAAAUGGCGACGGGCCUGCAGUUUCUACCUGCGCGGCCACUGCAAGAAGGAGGACUGUGAAUUCGCGCAUGACCUUACAAAGGUCACCUGUAAGUUCUGGGAGCUGGGGGAGUGCUUCAAGGGCUCCACCUGCCCCUUCCUGCACGGCUAUCCGCCAGAGCUGUUGGACAAUCCGCCCACCUCAGUGCCCCCACUGCUGCUGCGGCUGAAUGCUCCAACGAGCAGUGGAACACCAGUCAGCUGA